AUGUUCAAUAAUCCAAAUGCAUCCCACUUUCUUGGAGCUUCAGGAAGAAGAGGCAGCACCAGCUCCACUGCCAGCUCAACUUCAUCAAGUCCAUUCUUUCCCACCAGCAUUCUCCAAAACAAUGCAUUCAAUUUGAAUCAACAAAUUAAUAAUGUGAAAGGAACACCACCAAUUCUUUCGACUGGCUACUACUUUCAACAAUACCAAAAGCAAAUAGAACAAAAUAAGUCACUACGAAAUACAUUCAAUUCGCCAUCCAUUCAAAGACAAUCACCACAAGAAUUGGCUACCACUCUUUAUAGAACAUCUACUGUUACAGGUAAACAACCAACUCUUGAUUUUGUAAUGAAUAGACAAGAAGAAGAAGGUAACAAUUCGAGUAUGAAUAGUGUUAAGAAAAAUAAUGCGAGCACUUCAUCUUUCUCAACAGAUUUACACAAUAGUAUGCAAUCCAUGAAUAGUCACCAACAGGAUUCAUCCUCCUCUUCGACCACCUCAAUUUUAACUACUGCGAAUAAUAACAAUAUAAUGACAAACAAUAACACAUCCUAUCCAGUUAAUUUCAUUACACAAAAUCAAUCACAACCAUAUCAAAGAGUUCAACUUGAAAAUACCUUGGGUGAAAAUUAUUCUUCAACAAACUCUUCCUCCGCCACAAGAAAACAAUCUGCUGGGAUUGUACCAUCCUCCCCUAAAGAAGCAAACAAACAGUUUCUGUCGCAAAGAAAUAACAUGUCUGUGAGUACAGCAUCGAGCAAUAAUAACAUGCUGAUGAAUCCUUCAUCAGCAUCACCAACCAAACAAAGUCCGCAUCUUACCUCUUCACUUAAAACUAAUGUUGGUUUUACGAGUAUGCAGCCUCCUUCAAGCAGUUCAUCAACAAUUCCAUCUUCCAAUAGAAAGCUAGAUAUUCCCACGACGUCGAAUAAUGAUAAUUCAACAAACUCUUCCUCCCAACAACAUAAUCCAAUUCCAACUACCUCUUCAUCCAAUCCAACAUCUUCCCCUAAAAUACCAGCCCUUGAAUCUGAACCACCAACAGUCAAAUUACCUUCAAUUUAUGCUGUUUUACUUAAUGAUAAGGAUCCAUACUUUAGUCAAGGCAAGGAUCAAAAUUCUGAAAUUAUUUAUUUACGUCCUAUUGCCAAGAUGGUUGAAAAUUCCAAGAAGAAACAAUCAUGCCAUGCUCAAUUUGGAAAUAAUAUUGUCAAGAAGCAAUCAUCUCUAAGAUCGAAAAUUAGAGGUAUUGUUGGUUCGAGGAGAAUGGAAGAAUUUAAAAAGCAAACAACAAGUGAGAGAGCUCAAUCUAAAACAUCAAGUUCAGCCGAAGAGAGUGAUAAGAAGGAUCAAUCAUCAGAAAACAAUUUAACCGUUGAUGUUAAAACAUCUUCAUCAGAUUUCAAUCUCGAUAUGAAUGAUGAUAAUAUCAUGGCUUUUGGUUCAAGCGAAGAUUUUGGCCUUAUGUAUGACGACAUGAUGGGACUGGAUGAUCAAGACUUUAUGAGUACAUUGAUGAGUGAUGAUAAUUUGGGUUUAUUGUCUGAACAGCCAAAUUCCAACGUUUCAACACCAUUACUAGAUAGAGAUUCCAUGAGAAGAUCUGGCUCUGCCAUGAAACACGAAGUUUCACAUACGUCCCUAAGUUCCUUCCUUAGUUCGCCUGCCACACCAAUGGCCAGCUUACCAGUCAACCCUUCACAAACCAAGGAAGGUCAAAUGGUUUCAAAUCAAAGUAACUUUUGGGAUAGUUCCAUGAGCGGAUCUCUUGAUAAUAUUCCUGUUUCGAGUGGUAACUUUUUUAUACCAUCUGCUGCGAAAAACAGUUCAUCAUCUAAUAGUAUGAAUGUUAGCAACAAUAAUAUUAGUUCAAGCAUGACAACUCCAAACGAAAUGGUGAGAAAACAAGAAGUUUCCACGAGUAACAAUAUGGCACCAAGUCGAGGAGUCAAUUCUCAAAAUCCUGUUCCAUCCAAUCAAAUGAGUAAACCUGCAUCCAACAAUUCAAUGAUGAAUAAUUUUAAUACCUCUAAUAACAUGAAUAAUACCAUGAAUAAUAACUUGAAUAUGAAUACUAUUAAUAACAACAUGAAUUCAUUGAUGAAUAACAUGAAUAAUUCCAUGAAUAGCAAUUCCAUGAUGGGAAAUAACAAAUCUAUGAAUAAUAACAUGAAUAGUAAUAUGACUAAUAAUAAUAAUAUGAGUACUAUGAAUAAUAAUAAUAAUCAACACAUGGGCCUGAAUCAGCAAAUGGCAGGAAUGCAGAAUAACAUGUUUGCUAACAAUAAUGGUAUGAACAACAGUGUACAAAAUGACUCUACCAGUAAUUUUGAUACCAACAAUUUUUUCAAUAUCAGUACUGAUACAUUACUUCAAGGCAUUCUUUAUGCACAAAAGAGUGGAAUUAAUCUUGCAUCUCUGUUUGCUCUCACUUUACAGCAACAACAAAAUCAAGCUAGUUCCUACAACGAAUCCACUAGUAAUUUUGGUAAUAGCUUUAAGAAUAAUAAUCAAUUCAAUAACAUGAACAAUGGAAACAUGUUCAAUAAUAACGUAUUUUCCAACAUGGGAUCUGAAAUGUUUCCAAAUCAAAAUCAAAUAAGUCCAUUCCCAAAUAAUCAACAACAUAACCAAUUCCAAAAGAAUCAAGAUAAUACUUCUCAAUUAUUGCUCCAAAAAUUACUUGAUUCUAAUAAUCAACAACUCAACUCCAAUGUACAGAACUCCUUCUCUUCUAGGCAACAACACCAAAAUGAUAACAUGUUCAACAUGAAUAGCAAUAAUAAUUUGAGCUCUCAAAUUGAUUCGCUAAUGAUGAACAAGAACAAUAAUAACAUGUUAAACAUGACUAAUAAUUCCCAAAUGCUCUACAAUCAAUUGAACAAUCAACAACAGGUAAAAUUUAAUCAAAUUUCUUCUCCUCAAAACCAACAACUCAAUUCCCCUCGCCAAAACAACAACCAACAUAAUCCUCUAAUGAACCCAUCCAAUCAUAAUAAUAUCAAUAGAUUUGUCAAGACUGAAUCGGAUCUUAACCUUUCAAUGAAUUCUCAACCAAAUUGGAAAGAAUCAUAUGAGGAACCUGAAGUUGUUUCACUCAGUACACCAAGAGCUGUAGGAAGCAAGUCAGAGACUAAGCGAAUCAAGAUCAAACAAGAUACAAUUUCUUCACCUCCUCAACAACAACACCAACACACUUCUCCAUCUCAUGAUGCUGGCAAUGACUCUUCACACGACGAAGAUGAUGAGUCUGUCUCCUCAAAUCCACAAUCUCCUGACAAAAGUGGAAAGAAGAAGCGUAAGUCACAUGUUACAGCCAGUCAGGUAGGAAUUGUUGAAUUGGAGAAUAAUGAAGGAUUUGAAUGUUCUUAUUGUUUGAGAAAAUUCAAGAGAAAAUCUGAUAUCAAAGUCCACAUUAGAAGACACACAGGAGAGAGACCUUAUAUUUGUGAAAUUGAUGGUUGUGGAAAGGCAUUUACUACUGCAAGUAACCUCAGAAGACAUAACAGGAAUGUUCACACUAAAGAAUCAAUGUCUAGCAAGUAUUUCCCUCCACAUACCUAUUGGGAUGGUCGAUGUUUUCCCAGUCACAUAACUUCCUUCGGUACUAAUAAUUCUUCUUCUGCCAAUUAUUCAUCAUCAUUUGAUGAGAAUAAUGGUGAUGAAUUGGAUGUCAAGACGUAUAUUGAAAGUCAACAGGAUGAUCAACCGAUUGGUUAUACUCCGAUGGGUUCUGCUGCAUGGGAUGAAGGUUGGCAAGAUUUUGAUAAUGAUUCCUCACCAUCUUCUCCACAGCCAAUAACAAAAUCUUCAUCAACAGUUAAACAAUUCUUUGAUGAUAACUUUGUUUCUUUAGAAGGAGAUGAUAAUACUGAUCAAUCAGCAGCAGCAAUUGAUCAAAGUGAGAAGAAUUCUUCCAUCAAACCGAAUGAAAAAUCAAAUUCUUUUGAUAUGGUUGUCUUGUUGCAAAAGUUUUCCUAUUAUUACUUAUCAAUUGUGAAUAAUGAUAAUUGUGGAGAUAGAUUUGAAAAUGUGGAGGAGAGUGAUGUCUUUAUGAUUCGUCUGCCUUCAGAGACAAUUCGUGCCUCGAAGAAAUUACUGAUAUCUGAGAGUAAUUUCUUUAAGUUAAUGAUUGAGAGUCAAAUGAAAGAAGCGAAUGAAAAUCAAGUGGAUUUUAGUGCUCUUUCGAAUGAAGAGGAAUUGGACACACUCAAGAUUUUGAAUUUUCUGAGAUAUGGUAAUAUAGGCGUGCCAAUUAAGGGAACAGCUUUUCCUUUAAAUUUGGAAGAUUUUGGAAGUAAUCUUAUUGGGAUUGUGGAUUUAUUGAGAUUAUUGGAUGUGGCUGAUAAGUUUGGAGUUGCUUCUUUUAUUGUGUCGGUGACGAGUAUUCUGAAUCAAUAUAAUGUUAUGAUAUUACUUGAGAAAGCUCUUCAAAUUACACCAGAAUUGGGGAGCAUUCUAAUUGAAGCGUGCAUUUCUGUAAUUUCACAUAAUUUGCCCUGUGUUUUAGGUGGUUUAAUCUAUGAAGGGGUCAUUGAUCAAUUUCUGGAACGAAUUCCAACCAGUAUAGACGAAUGGAAUAAGAAAUGCAAGGAAACUUACAAGAUAUUCAAACAAAUCCAAAUGUUCAACAUCAAAACCGAUACCAAACUCUUCAUGCUACAAUCUUUAAAGACCAAUCCAACAGUGAACUAUCUGGUUGAUGUUUUGCCGUGUGACAUAUUUUUGAGAGUUAUGAAAUGUACAAAUCAGCUGUGUGUUGAUGAUUUUCUUGGAUUAAUCACAUUGUGGAUCUUAUCGAGCUCUUUUGAAACAUGCUUUCAAGAUUAUUCCACAUUGGAAAAUCUCGAAACUGACAAUUUAAUUUAUAGAUUGAGAGAAGGAAUCAUUCUUGCAUUGGAAAAUGUCAACAUGAUGAAAAUGACUCACAAUAGAAGCUUAUUUAUGCUUCUUCAUCCAAUUAUGAGAUAUUACAGCAGAUCCUAUCCUUUGGAAUUCCAAGAUUUAUUUUCGACAUUUCUUGUGGAAACAGCAGAUCCAAAAAACUCAAUAGGUGAUUACACCUCUUUACACAUGCUGGCAACUCAGACCAUUGCACCCAUGCUAAAGAAAUGCUUUGGAGAUCAUCCAAUUUUGCCUAAAAAAGAUAUUGCUGAGCUAUAUUAUCAAUUCUGUUUUGAUUCCACAGAUAAUUCUUAUACGACAGAUAAUGCGCAAAGGAUUAUUCCUCAACUUUUUGCAAAAAUAAUCAAGGAACAGGAAAAUGAUGAGAUCAUUAAUGAAUUUUCAAAAUUACUGACCUAUGUCAUGUUUCAUCAGUUUGGCAAGUUUGUUGAACAAGUUCCUAAACCUGCAUUACCAAUAGAAAAAUAUAAGAUAAUUGGACAAAAGAACUCUUUGAAAUCUUUCGAGGCUAACUUAUUUGGAUUGGACGCCUCAGGAAAGACACUUCUAUUAGAGAGAAUGAAAUCCCCAAAUUCUAAUGAGGUAGUUCAAACUUUUCAAACGAUUGGAUUUAAUAAUGAAACUAUUUCAUAUGGAGGUGCUCCUAUUAAUGUUGUAAGUAGAUUUUGA